UUUCCUCCCCCCUCCCCCCGAACUUUCCCUCUCGCAUGCUUUUCCCCUGCACCACGGAUCGCCUCUCGGAUGCCGCUUGCCUGGAAGCUGCGUUAGGAGCGAGCGGCGGCGGUGGCGGCGGUGGCGGUGGCGGCAGCUCGGGAGUGCUAUGACCGGCAAACUCGCCGAGAAGCUGCCGGUGACCAUGAGCAGUUUGCUAAACCAACUGCCUGACAAUCUGUACCCCGAGGAGAUCCCCAGCGCGCUCAACCUCUUUUCUGGCAGCAGCGACUCGGUAGCCCAUUACAAUCAGAUGGCUACAGAGAAUGUGAUGGACAUCGGUCUGACCAACGAGAAGCCCAACCCGGAACUCUCUUAUUCGGGCUCCUUCCAGCCAGCCCCGGGCAACAAGACCGUGACCUACUUGGGAAAGUUCGCCUUCGACUCCCCUUCCAACUGGUGCCAGGACAACAUCAUUAGCCUCAUGAGCGCCGGCAUCUUGGGGGUGCCCCCGGCCUCAGGGGCACUCAGCACGCAGACCUCCACGGCCAGCAUGGUGCAGCCGCCGCAGGGCGAAGUGGAGGCCAUGUAUCCGACGCUGCCCCCCUAUUCUAACUGCAGUGAUCUCUACUCGGAGCCUGUGUCUUUCCACGACCCCCAGGGCAACCCCGGCCUCGCCUAUUCCCCCCAGGAUUACCAAUCGGCCAAACCGGCCUUGGACAGCAAUCUCUUCCCCAUGAUUCCUGACUACAAUCUAUACCACCACCCCAACGACAUGGGCUCCAUUCCGGAGCACAAGCCCUUCCAGGGAAUGGACCCCAUCCGGGUCAAUCCGCCCCCUAUUACUCCCCUGGAGACCAUCAAGGCAUUCAAAGACAAGCAGAUCCACCCGGGCUUUGGCAGCCUGCCCCAGCCGCCGCUCACGCUCAAGCCCAUCCGGCCCCGCAAGUACCCCAACCGACCCAGCAAGACCCCGCUCCACGAGCGGCCCCACGCGUGCCCGGCGGAGGGCUGCGACCGCCGUUUUAGCCGCUCGGACGAGCUGACCCGGCACCUGCGCAUCCACACGGGCCACAAGCCCUUCCAGUGCCGGAUCUGCAUGCGGAGCUUCAGCCGCAGCGACCACCUUACCACUCACAUCCGCACGCAUACGGGCGAGAAGCCCUUUGCCUGCGAGUUCUGCGGGCGCAAGUUUGCGCGCAGCGACGAGCGCAAGCGCCACGCCAAGAUCCACCUCAAGCAAAAGGAGAAGAAGGCGGAGAAGGGGGGUGCGCCUUCUGCGUCCUCAGCGGCCCCGGUGUCCCUGGCCCCUGUGGUCACCACCUGCGCCUGAGGCUGGGGCCCCGAGAUCCCACUUUUCCCCUUCAGUGUCUCCCAGCUGCUCGCCUGAAAGCAGCCGGAAAGCUAGCCACGGAGGCGCAGGGGCCGCGCCCUGGCCUCUCCAUGGACGUAAGGCCCCUUGUUUCCCUUCGCUGUCCCCCGUUUACACCCUUUCACACCGGCCAACGGUCGGGGGCCAGGGCAGGAGGCGUCUUCCCCUCGCUGCCCCCCCUUAGCCAAGGCGUGGGGGCGGAAAGGUGGCGUCUAGCCCGCUUUGUUCAGUUCGGAUCGUCUUGAUCCAGGGGCCGCUGGGCCGCACCAAGGACCUGCGGGGGACUGAAGGCGGGGCCCGCCCAAGCCUCGCUGGACCCAAGCACCUCACGGUUCCCCCCACGUCUCCCUCGGUUCCCCCUCGAAGACCCGAGAGGGGGAGGGGGUAAGGAGCGCACCAAAGCGCAGAGCUUGCUGCCCGCCGCACGCACGCGCGCCUGCGUGCGGGGAUGCGCGCGAGUGUGCGUGCUCGCGUGAGUGUCUGUGUGCGUGUGUGUGUUUCUCUCUGUGUGUGUAUGUGCGCGCGCGCGCGCGUGUGUGUGAGACUCUUGAGCUGAACUGGGCUGUGUCCACCCCAAACUCUUCCCCACAUCGGGUCCCCAGGCCGCUGGGGGCCUGCACGUGGCGGGACGAGACGGUCUUCCAUCUGCUCGGAAAUAAUGUUUCUCACAGAAAUGCCUCGGAUGCCGCCGCCGCGGUCCUGCUACCGCCGCUUAGGGUUUGGCCCCUCAGAAUCCCUCCUCUUCCGAGCGCUUCCCUCUCAAGGCCUCAGGGCAGUUUGAUCUGCGGGGAGAAGGAGCAGUCAUCACUGAACCUGCCUUUAAAGAAUAUAUAUUUCCUCCGCCCCACUUUUUAAAAUCUCUCUUCCUGAGUUUGCCCUCUGCCCUUCCCCCUCCUCUUCUCCCUUCUCCCCUCUAAGCCUUUUCCCAUCUCUUUCAAAAUCUUUUUCCAAAAAGGCAGGCCUCAACCAGCCACCCCAUUUCACCUUCUUUUUGUCUUCUCUCACUCACAUACCCAUUUCUCUUUCCACCAUUGAUGGGAAAGCAGCCUUUUUUUUUUUUUUUUUUUUUUUGCCCUUUGUCAUCACUAACAAUUCAAAUUUAUCUAUAUGGUAUGUGUGUGUACGUGUAUGUAUGUGUGUAUGUAUAUACAUAUAUAUAACAUACACACAAUAUAUAUUCCUAGCAAAAUAAAAUCUCUGAGGUACUUGGCUAUCCAGUGCAGUGCACUGGAAUAAAGAGAAUUUGUAGGCUUAUACAGCUUUAAAUGAUUUAUUUUUUAUGAAAAAUUGAACUGAUGAGAUUAUAUCUUCCUAUGUGCAUAUGUGUGUGAUUAUAUAUCAGACAUACAUAUGCACACAUACACAACCAUCUCUGUCCAAAUUUACCUCCAAGCUAUGGGGAUGUUUGCAUUAAUCCAUGUUGAUGAAUGAGGCAUAUCUCUUCCAUACCCCCAGUCUCACCUUCUCCUUGCCCUACCUCACCUUUUCUCAGGCGCCCCCUCCUCCCCGGCCCUCCUCCACACAGGGGUGACUCUUUUGAAGUGAGUAGUAGGCAAGGUUGCUCUCUGACACAGCUUCCAGCACAGUCUUGACUGAAUGUACUGUUCCCUGUUAGCGCUAUUUCUCCUGUGGUCGGUAAGCUGCCCAGAGAGAAGGAACAAAGGUCUGGAGUUUACAGAAUGUCUGUCUUUAAAGUCACUUUAUACGUUUCCCACUUUUUUUUUUUUUAAAGAAAAACACCGUUUUUUUGUUUGUUUGUUUUUGUUUUUGGUUGUUUUUUUGUUUGUUUUUUGGGUUUUUUGUUUUGUUUUUUUUUGUUUUUUUUUUUUUUGGUGGUGGAUAAAUAAUACUAAAAGGAGUCUAGUGAAAGGGGGAGAGAAAUCAAAGAGCAGGGUGAUUGUGGAUUUCCAGGUACUUGGACUUUUUGUAGAAGGAGAGAAAAGUGGAUGAAGUUUGCCAGGAGGGCCCAUAUUUUUUCAGCUGAAGGGUAAAAUCUUUCUUUGCAGAGACAGUAUUUUGCUGAAUACUUUUUAUAAUGUGAUGAUUAUUAAAAAACAAAAAUUUUGGUCACUUCAAAGCUGGAAGGAGGAAUCAGAUUUCCUUUAAUAUUUUUUCCUUGCUCCUUCUGGUAUAUGCAUGUCACUGCAUGAUAACUCUGAGUUUUCCUUUGUUUUAAUAAAACUGUUCUCAGACAUUUAAGCUAAACUAAGAGAAAAAUAACUUUGUUGCCAAAAGGUUGUGCUAUCCAGAUUUUUUUAUAUGUCUGCAUGUUUUAAAAAAACAACAACAACAAAAGAAAAUGCACUCUAACUUAUGUGAACUGAGAGAAAAAAAAUCAGGUUUUAAACAGGAAAACCUAUGGGGAAUGAUAUUUUUUGAAAGACUUUUGUAUAAAGUUGAGUACUUAGAAAAAGACAAACCAGAUGUAAUAUAUUUUGUGGAUGUUUUUAUUUCUUGGAUUUAUAGUACCUUAUACUAAGGUUAAAAAAAUAUGCUUGAUAUUGUGAAAAGGUGAGAUUCUUCACCAACAUUUCAUUUGCUCCUUUGUCACAUUGUUAUGCCAAUAUAAUAUAGUUAAUGAAAACAGCAUUUUUAAAAAGCGAAAUAUUGAAAUGGUGUAAUGUGGUACCAUUUGCACUGUGAGCAAAUGCUAAUACAGUAAAUAUAUUGUGUUUGCUGACAAUCAGCCGGCCUAUAAAUCUCCUUAUUUUAUUUCUUGUUUUCAUAGCAUAAAGUUUUGGUUUGGCCUGUU